AUGGUUACCAAGGUUGGCAUUAACGGUUUCGGCAGAAUUGGCCGCAUUGUUCUCAGAAACGCCCUCAAGAACCCCGAGGUCGAGGUUGUCGCUGUCAAUGAUCCUUUCAUCUCCACUGACUACGCUGCUUACAUGUUCAAGUUUGACUCUACCCACGGCAAGUUUGCUGGUGAUGUCGAGUUCAAGGACAACCACAUUGUCAUUGAUGGCAAGGAAAUUGCCGUCUACGGCGAGAGAGACCCCGCUAACAUUCCUUGGGGCAAGUCUGGUGCUGACUACGUUGUCGAGUCCACCGGUGUCUUCACCACCAAGGAGAAGGCCUCUGCUCACUUGAAGGGUGGUGCCAAGAAGGUUGUCAUUUCUGCUCCUUCUGCUGAUGCCCCCAUGUUUGUUGUUGGUGUUAACCUCGAAAAGUACACUCCUGAUCUCGAUGUCAUUUCCAACGCUUCCUGCACAACCAACUGUUUGGCUCCCCUCGCCAAGGUUGUCAAUGACGAGUUCACCAUCAUUGAGGGCCUUAUGACCACUGUCCACUCCAUCACUGCCACCCAGAAGACUGUCGAUGGUCCUUCCCACAAGGACUGGCGCGGUGGCCGUACCGCCGGCGACAAUAUCAUUCCCUCUUCUACCGGUGCUGCCAAGGCUGUCGGUAAGGUCAUUCCUGAGCUCAAUGGCAAGCUCACUGGUCUUUCUCUCCGUGUCCCCACCUCUGACGUUUCCGUUGUUGACUUGACUGUCAGACUCGAGAAGGCUGUCACUUACGAGGACAUUAAGACUGCCAUGAAGAAGGCUUCUGAGGGCUCCCUUAAGGGUGUUCUCGGUUACACUGAGGAUGCUGUUGUCUCUACUGACUUCCUCGGUGACACCCACUCUUCUAUCUUUGAUGCCACUGCCGGUAUCCUCCUCAAUGAGCACUUUGUCAAGCUCAUUUCUUGGUACGACAACGAGUACGGUUACUCUGCCCGUGUCGUUGACCUCCUUGUUUACAUUUCCAAGGUUGACGCUUCUGCUUAA